UGUUCAUUUGAUAAUAAUAAACGUGUAUACGAUCCAUAUUUAUUUACAUCAUAAUAAAUAAAAAUACAAUACAUUAAUUAAUAAGAUAUGUAAAAAGGAAAUAAUUAAAAAAACAAAUAGAAAAUACAUGAAUAUAGUGGAGAAACAAAUAUUUGAAGAAUUUUGGUUAUGAACUUUUAUAAUUUAUUGCAAGAAAAUGUCAGGGACCAAAAUGUUUAACGGUGUUAAUGCAUCGAGAGGAUGGAGUAAAGGUGGACGUGGUGGUCGUGGAGGAGGACGAGGACGAGGAGGUGCUCAUCCUCCAUGGCUUAAGGGAAAAGAUAUUGGUCUCUAUUAUAGAGAUAGAGCGAAAAUUAUUGCUGAAACUAGAGAGGAGAAUGCAAAGAUUCUUCAAUUAAAUCCAAGCACAGAAAAACGUAUUUCAACAUUGAUGGAUUUUCGUAAAAGUGGUGAUAAAUUAUUUAAUAGAGAUUUAAAUAGACCAUCAUUUACCGGAAAUGAGAAUAAAUUCGAAGAUAUGUAUACACAUAUAAAUGAUUCUCAAUUUAAGAGAAAAUUUCUCAAUAUUGUCUCAGGCAAUAUACAAGAAAAUCUCAUGAAUUCAUUACGUAUUAAAUCAAAAUUAGAAAGGAAUAAUGUUCUUGAUGAACAAUUUUAUGAAGAUUAUCAAGAAAUGUUAAAUUCAAGAGAAUAUUUAAAUAUGCUAAAAUUUCGUGCACUAUUGCCUGCUUAUAAUAGAAAACAAGAAAUUUUAGAUCUUUUAAAAUAUAAUCAAGUGAUGCUUAUAAGCGGAGAAACAGGUUGUGGUAAAACAACACAAGUGGCGCAAUUUAUACUCGAUAAUGAAUUGUUGCAAAAAAAUGGCAGUAUCACGAAAAUAAUUUGCACACAACCAAGACGAAUUAGUGCAAUAUCAAUAGCUGAGAGAGUUGCUGCCGAAAGAGGUGAAUCAUUGGGAAAUUCAAUUGGUUAUCAAAUUCGUCUCGAAAAAGUUCUGAGUCGAAAGCAAGGAUGUAUUAUGUUUUCGACAACUGGAAUUUUGCUACAAUUUAUGCAAAGCGAUCCUGCUUUAACGGAUAUUUCACAUAUAAUUUUAGAUGAAAUUCACGAAAGGAGUAUUGAAAGUGAUUUUAUUAUUGCUUUACUUAAGCAAGUGAUUCCAAAGAGGCCUGAUUUGAAAGUCAUCCUCAUGAGUGCAACUUUAAAUAGUGACAAAUUUUCCAAAUAUUAUGGAGAUUGUCCAACAAUACAUAUUCCUGGUUUUACAUAUCCUGUGGAAGAAUUUUAUCUGGAGGACGCGAUAUUAUUUACACGAUUUCAGUUUCCAAAUGAAACAAAAACAAACGAGAGACAAAAACAUUAUAAAAAAUUUAUGAAGAAGCACAAGUUUCAAGAUAAAGUUAAUGAUCAAUAUUCGUCACUUAUUGACCCUUACUUACGUCAUCUUCAAGCUCAAAGAAAAUAUCCACAAUUUGUAAUUGACGAAUUAAAAAAUCCAAAAUGUGAAGAACUUUCUCUUGAACUUAUUGAACAAUUAGUGGCUUAUAUAUGUUCAACACAAGGACCUGGAGCAAUACUUAUUUUUCUUCCUGGUGUAAUGGAUAUUACAAAAUUACACAGAAUGAUGACUGAAAGUUAUCGAUAUCCAAGAGACAAGUAUAUUAUAUAUCCACUACAUUCUCGAAUGCCAACGGUUGAUCAAAAAUUAAUAUUUGAUGUACCACGAUAUGGAGUUCGAAAAAUAAUCAUCUCAACGUCAAUAGCUGAAACAUCAAUAACAAUCAAUGAUGUCGUUUAUGUUAUUGAUUGUGGAAAAACGAAACUUUCACGAUUUGAUGUUGAAAAUAAUAUACAAACUUUAUUACCCGAAUGGGAAACAAUUGCAAAUGCCCAACAAAGACGAGGACGUGCCGGAAGAGUGAAACCCGGUAUUUGUUAUCAUUUAUAUUCAAAAGCCCGAGAAAAUACAUUUGAUCAUUAUCCAUUGCCAGAAAUGUUACGCUCACGCUUAGAGGAAGUUAUUUUACAAAUUAAAAUAUUACAAUUGGGAAAAGCAAGCGAUUUUCUUACUAGUGUGAUAGAUCCACCUGAUCCUAAGGCUAUUGAUAUAUCGCUGGAUUUAUUAAGACAAUUAAAUGCUCUCGAUGCAAAUGAACGUUUAACACCUCUCGGUUAUCAUUUAGCUCAAUUACCUUUGGAUCCUAGAACCGGUAAAAUGAUUAUUUGGGCAUCACUUUUCUCUUGUAUUGAUCCAGUAUUUUCCAUAGCGGCAAGUUUAUCAUUUAAAGACGCAUUUUAUUGCCCUCUUAAUAAGGAAGAAGAAGCGCGCAAUAAAAAACUUGAACUUGGAAUGGGACAAUUUAGCGAUCAUAUUGCACUUGCCGAGGCGUUAAAACGUUAUGAAUUAAAUAAUCAUCGUCGACAACAGAGUUCAUCGUUUUGUCGUGAAUAUUUUCUAUCACAAAAUACACUUCAACUAUUGUCUGAAAUGAAAAAACAAUUUGCACGUUAUAUGAAUGAAAUGAAAUUUUUACAAAAUGACAAUUUACAUGAUAUUAAUGCAAAUAGAAAUUCUAAUAAUUUAUCACUUAUUAAGGCAAUUGUUUGCGCUGGAUUAUAUCCAAACAUUGCAAUUGUCAAAGGAAUUACGAAACAUAAUGUUAAAGUCUUUACACCUGAGGAUGGAAAAGUGAAAAUACAUCCUUCGAGUAUAAAUGAAAAAAUUCGAACUAUGCCAAGUACAUAUUUGAUUUAUUUUUUGAAAAAACGAUCGACUGCAAUUUAUUUGCACGAUACAACAUUUGUCAGUUCAUGGGCUUUAUUAUUUGCCAAUUCCAAUAGAUUAUCAGAGUCCCAUGGGAAUAAAAGUGUCGUGACAGUAACGAAUUCAUUAAAAUUCUCUUGCGAAUCAAGUACAGCUGGAAUUAUUCAAAAAUUACGUGAACAAUUAGAAGCACUUUUGGAGCACAAAAUAAAUCAUCCAGGAACUGUUGAUUGGAAGGGACAAGAGGGACGAAUUAUUAGUGCAAUUAUUGAACUUUUAUCCCAAGGAGAAGAGGAUAUGGGAUUACAUUCAGGAAUAUAUCAUCAACUAGAUGAAAAUCAAAUAGAUGAUGAUGAUUCCGAUUAGUACAAUUUUAUUCUGAACGAAAAAAAAACAGAACUGCCAUUUAAUAAAGACAAGUAAAUUUUGUUGAUAAAAAAAGCAUUACUAUUUAUAAAACAAUUGUCAAUAUUUAUUGUAAUAUUUUAAAAAGCAGAUAAAUAGAAAAAUUAUUUGAUUCUUAAAA